AUGGUAACAAAGUUCUACCAACACACCCUUGCCCUGGCCUUUGCUGUGAAGGAGAUCAAUGAGGACCCCCAGAUCUUGCCUAAUGUUACCCUUGGGUUCCAUAUCUAUGACAGCUACUAUGAUGCUAGGAUGACCUAUCGGACCACCCUGGACUUACUUUUCAAGUCAACUUGCUUUCUCCCCAACUACAAAUGUGCCAAGCAGAAAAAACUGAUAGCCAUCAUUGGAGGACUUGGUUCUGAUAUCUCCUUCCACAUGGCAGAUAUCUUGGGUCUGUACAAGAUUCCACAGCUCACAUAUGGCACAUUAGUCCUUGGGAACACUGAUCACACUCUGGUCCCUUCAUUAUAUUCCAUGGUCCCAAAUGAAGCACAACAAUAUUUUGGGAUUCUUCAGUUGCUUCAGUAUUUUGGAUGGACAUGGAUAGGGCUCUUUGCUCAUGACAACAACAAUGGAGAAAAAUUUUUGGAGGCCCUGGAAGCUUUGCUUUUCCAGAAUGGAAUCUGUGCAGCUUACAGAUUAAGAAUUCCACAGCGAAUCCGUCUGGAUAACUUUGAAGAAAUGAUUGAUAUAGCAUCAUACAUUCAUGUACCUUUAACUGAUCACAGAGCCAAUAUAUUUAUCAUCUAUGGAGAAUCAGUGACAAUGGCACAGCUGAAAACCAUCCUAUUUGUACAAGACCCCAGAAAUAAAGAAACAGAUUCAAUCAGAAAGCUCCACCCAUAUCUUCAAAGGGUUUCCUUCAACAAUUCAGCUGGUGACACAGUGUCCUUCAAUGAGCAAAAGGAAAUGAGAGGUGGAUUUGACAUUGUGAACAUGGUCAGUUUUCCAAACAGGUCCUUUGAGAGAGUGAAAAUUGGAUGGAUAGACCCAUAUGCGCCCCAUGGAGAAGAAUUCACAAUUCAUGAGAAUCUGAUUAUGUGGCACAGAGUCUUCAAUCAGGUCCAUCCCCUUUCAGCAUGCAAUGAAAGGUGCCAUCCUGGAAAUCGAAAGGAAAAGAAGGAAGGAGAGAAAUUUUGCUGCUAUGAGUGUGUUCCCUGUCCCGAAUGGGAGAUUUCAAACAAGACAGAUAUGGAAAAUUGUUUCAACUGUCCAGAAGAUCAAUACCCAACCAAAGAAAAAGAUGACUGCAUCCACAAACUUGUAAUGUAUCUUUCUUACAAGGAACCUCUAGGGUUUAUUUUGACCUCCAUUUCUGUUUCAUUGUCUUUGAUCACUGCUCUCAUAUUAGGAGUAUUUCUUAAGCACAGAGAUACCCCUCUGGUCAAAGCCAACAACCGGGACCUCACCUACACUCUCCUUAUCUGCCUCCUCUUCUGCUUCCUGUGUCCUCUCCUGUUCCUUGGUCAACCCAACAAAGUGACCUGCCUACUCCGACAACCAAUGUUUGGCAUCAUCUUCUCCAUGGCUGUUUCUUGCAUCUUGGCCAAAACCCUCACUGUGGUGGUAGCUUUCAUGGCUACCAGGCCAGGCUCCAAUGUGAAGAAGUGGGUGGGGAAAAGGAUGGCAACCUCCAUUGUUAUUUUCUGCUCUCUCAUUCAAGUAGGCCUUUGUACCAUCUGGCUUGCAUCUUUGCCCCCAUUCCCACAGUUGGACAUGCAUUCCACAAAUGAAGCCAUCAUCAAGGAAUGUAAUGAAGGUUCUCCAGCCCUGUUAACUUGUGAUGGCUACAUGGGCCUGCUGGCCCUUGCCAGCUUCUCUGUGGCCUUCUGUGCUCGCAGAUUACCAGACAGCUUUAAUGAAGCCAAAUUCAUUACCUUUAGCAUGCUGGUAUUCUGCAGUGUUUGGGUGCUGUUUGUUCCAACUUACCUGAGCUCAAGAGGAAAAGCCCUGGUGGCUGUGGAGAUCUUCUCCAUUAUAGCUUCCAGUGCUGGAUUACUGGGAUGUAUCUUUUUCCCUAAAUGCUACAUCAUUAUCUUGAGACCUGAGCUGAAUAUCAAGAAGCACCUAAUAAGAAGAAAGAAUUAA